GCUCCCAGCAACCAAAAUUCCCAAUUUCUCAUUCAAACCCUAAGAUUUUCUUCGCUGUGUAAAUCCUUCUUCUUCUCUAAUGAGGAAUUUGAUGAAUCUCCCAACAGAAAUUCAACUAGACAUCAUAACUCGUCUACCAACCGAAACCAUUCUUGAUUGCAAACUGGUCUGCAAAUCAUGGAGGAUUCUUGUUUCUCAUCGUCCAUCAUUUUAUCAGAUGUACUCAUCUCAUCUAAAUAACUCCAUUGAUUCCGGUAAGUCAGGUUAUCUUGUUUUUUCUGAGAAUCGGAAACAGGUCUAUUAUCUUCAAUAUAAUGACAACCAUCAUGAUCAAACACCUAAUCAUAGUAUUACAAGGUUCGAUUUAACCCCUCCAUUUACAUCUUAUCAUUACAAGGUUCUUGGUUCGUUUAAUGGGUUAGUCUGUCUUUAUGGAUACCAAAAUUAUUGUAUUUGUAACCCCAUGACCAGAGAAUCUGUUAUGCUUCCUAAAUUCAAGAAUGAUGAUCAGUACAUUCAUUAUUCGAGUGGGUUUGGGUACCUUCCAUUGACAAAUGAGUAUAAAGUUGUUGAAUUUUAUAAAUUAGGGAGAGAACCUAAUUUUGUCGAAGCUGCUGUGUACACUCUGGGCAGUGGGGAAGGGUGGAGAAAUGUUGGGAGGUUUGAUGGUACGGGUGAAGUUUGUGUUGAAGAUAAUGUGUCUGUCAAUGGAGCGCUACAUUGGGUGGAUUAUGUAGGAGGAUGGAUUUAUAUUUUUGAUUUGACUGAGGAAAAGUUUCGCGAACAUGUUUCACCACCUCCUUUGCCGCCAGACUUUAUGUGGUAUAAUUUUUCUAUAGGGGUUUACGGCGUGGAUCUGUAUUAUGCUAUCAGAUAUUUCUGUCGAAACACCGAGUGCUCUUGGACUGACAUAUGGUUACAGAACAAGAAGAACGAUGAUGAGCCAUUGGGUUGGAGUAAAGAGUUUCAUCUUCUUGAAAGUGAACCAUUAGCCUUUACUAAGAGUGGCAGUGUUUUGUGUUUCAGUGAUGGCUCUCUUGUUAUUCAUGAUGCAAUAGAUUCAACCUCGGAACAGCUUAUGGAUUUUACUGCAUUGAGACAGAUAUUCCCUCACAACAACACCUUAGUGUCAUUGAGAGAAUUAGGAGAAGUAGAUAUUCAAGUAAUGAAGUCAGCUGAAGAUGAGGAGACAAAAACCCCUGAUUUGCCAACAAAGCAUGGCUAGCAAGAUAAGAUCCCUGGAGACACUUAUUACCUGGUCAAAUUCGAUUUCUUUCUCCAGAUGUAAUCACCGAGUUCAUACUAACGGCACAGUAUUAUGUUGUUUUCUACAGCAUUCCUUGUCAUACCGACUCAUUCUGGAAAGAACUUGAUUCUUUGAAGUACCCUUGGAAGAAAAGGCAGGAGUUCAAGGCCAAGGAUGCCGGUAUCGCCACUUUCUGGAAUGUUUCUGCUGGUUGUGAUUGCAAACAUUCCAGGAAGAGGAUUUACUUGUACUGCUGACUAUGUCUGAUAAACAUACCCCACCACCAAGUGUUUCAAAACAAUUUUCCAAUCCUCAUUAUUUUCUGGAUUUAUGUCUUCAUUUUUUUCUAUAGAGUUCCACCUUUCAAGUCAUUCCAUGAAUCAAUCUGAGACGCUUAAAAGUGUUGAUUG